AUGGCAGGUCCUUCAUCUGCUAAUGCUUCAUCAGAUAGCCGCAAUACUACAACAAAUACAUCAUAUAAUAACAAUAGAAACCUUGAUUAUUAUAACAAUCGAAAUCAAAGUUACGAUAAUAAUAAUAAAAAUAGCAAAAGUAAUAGUAGUAAUGAUGUUCGCAAAGACCCUCGUAGAAUAAAUUCAAGAAGAGAUUAUCAACGGAAAGAGGAUUCUAGAGGAGAUAAUUCCUAUAAGCAUAUUACUCCAAGAAAUGAUGCAAGAAGAGACAUAAGAGAAAGAGAUAGAGAUCAAUUUACCAAUGUCUCCCAAGCUAAAAGACAACGUACGUCGGUUAAUCAUUAUAAUAAAACUUCUUAUAAUCGGAACUUAAAUGAUGAUAGAGGAGGAAGAUAUCAGCUAAAUAAUACAAGAUAUAACCAACAUAGAAAUAAUGGUAAUAACAGCUAUAAUAUCUAUAACAAGAGAGGAUCUGCUCCUAAUUCACAAUAUAAACAACAACACCAGAAUACUGGUAACAAUGGUAAUCAAAAUAUGAUUGUUCUGAAUAGAAUGAAGCCAACAAAAUGGGAUAUUACACCACCAGGUUUUGAAAAAGUUCCUGCAGAACGUGCAAAACUAAGUGGGUUAUUUCCCAAACCAGGUGAACCAAGAAAAUUAAAUCAUGAUCUAUUGAAUAAAAUCUUGAAAGAGAAUGGUAUGGUUGGCAAUAGAAGAAUACAGAUUUUAUUUGAUAAUUCUACGAACCAAAAUGCAUAUUAUUCAAAAUUUAAUAAUAAGUUAAUUAUUUCAAAUUUAAUUUCAAAUAAUCAAGAUGAAUUGAUAAAUCUGAUAAGGGAUUUAAUAUCACCCUAUGAAACCAAUUCUGAUUCCUCUUUACCUUCUACUGAAUUUAAUAUCUUCCCACAAUAUAAUUCUAAUGAUAACCUUUUUUAUUUGGUAAUCACAUUUUCAACUGCUGCAGCUGCAACAAUCACAUUAGCGACCCAAUCAUACUUUAAAUCAACCUACAAUUAUUUAAGUUCAUCUGUUUGGAACAGACCAGCAGGAUAUGUUCAACAAUUAGAUCCAUUAGAUAAACUAUGUGGGCCAAAUGUGAUUGCUAUUCAAGAUUUAUCAGCAACUACUGCAGGUACUGAAGACGAUAUUAGGAGCUAUUUGAAGUUAUUUGGUAUCGAGGCCAAUUUAAUAAAAUCAAUUUAUUUAAAUAAUAAUAAGACUUUUACAGGAUGUUCAUUAGUAGAAAUCCCGACUAAUAACAAUAAUUCUGUAACGAACGUAUUGAGUGCAUCAAUAAAAGAAAAUUUGUCUAAUCUAUCAUGGUUUGAACUAAAUAAAAAUACUUUUGAUGAAAGCAGGUACCAAAAAGUUUCAGAUUUCAACUUUCAAAACUUACCAAAAUUGGUAGUAGAUAAUACUUCUACUUCAAGCUCUAAUGUCUUAUUAUUAAUGAAUUGCGUCGAUCCUUUAGAUUUAAAAUCAGAUUCUUUUGUCGAAGAAAUCCAAGCUACUUUAAAAUAUUCUCUUGAAAAUGUGUCAGAAAUUAAAAUUAAAAAACCAGAUAUCGAUUAUAGGCUAAAUUUUGAUAAUAUUAGUGAGGGAAUUGGAAAUAUUUAUAUUAAAUUCAACUCUGCUGAGGAUGCAACGAAUGCAAUGAAUAAAAUUUCUGGGAAAAAAUUUAAUGAUAGGACAAUAUUAUGUGCAUAUAUAAAUGAAAGAGACUUUGAUAUGGUUGGGGUACUAUUUUAA